GUUAAGUGAUUUUUAACGACGAAUUUUUUCCUGUUUCUGUAUAAAUGUUUAUCUUUCUGACUAAUUGGCGUAAUUAUUUUUCCGGUACUUAAAGACUGAAGUAUCUCGUGAUUCUCCUUUUUUCUAGUUAAUAACUUGUUUAAGAUGACAGUCGGUGAGAUCAACAAUCAAAUAAACAUAUUGUUUACAAAUACUGAAAAUCUGGUGCAAAGCAUAAUAGGAAAAAAAUUGUAUGGUGAUGUAAAGUCUUUUGCAGCAUGUCAUCCUUUCAUAUUCACUGCAAUAUUUGCUGUUGGCAUAUUUUCAUCAGUCCCAUUACUGUUCUUUUUGGGUUUUGUAGUAAUCACGCUGUUCAUUGCUUUCAUAUGCUUCUUAUGUAUUGAAGGAUCUCUCAUUGCAAUUGGAGGUCUUAUUUUCAUUGGUGUAACGUCUUUCAUAGCAGCAAUAGUAGUUAGCAUAUUGUCAGCUGUUGCUUCGGCAUACUGGAUAAUUCAGAAAAUUCGAUAUGUGUCAAAAUCUGUAAGAUGUCAGGUCAUGAGUGCUCCUCAAUCACCAGAUAGUUCUGAAGUACCUGGAGAUAUAAACGAUAAUAAAAACUUAUAAUAAGAAUAUUAAAUGCAUUUAUGAGGACUGCUGAAUAGUUUGUCCAUAUGUACAUUCCAGUUAUAUGAUUAAUUAUUUUUGUAUUCAUGUUUUUACAUUUUCUUAAACUUUUAAUUACUAAUUUUUAUGAGCCAAAAAAUUACAUAUGUAAAAAAUAACUUAUGUGAUGCAAAUAAAAUACCAAUGAAAUGGAAGAUGAAUGUAUUGAAAUGUUUUCCAGGCUAUUGUGUACAACAGUGUGCUGCCAUUUUGGGUAAGGGAGUCAGCUACCACAUGCUGGCCUGGGUUCGAAUCCCAAAAAAGGGCACGGACAUUUGUAAGUGUAAAGUGUCUCUGCAAAAUAAGAUCACUUAAAAUAUUGUUGAGUUGAAAGUUCUUUGGAAAGGAAAAAAGGGACAGGGAUUCUGCUUCAAAACUGAAAUGGAGCUUUUCUAAAUCAUGCAUACUGUCACUUGUAAGUGCCUAAAGUUUAAGCAUUUGAUUUGUGGUAUCCGGGUGCUGCAACUGGAUACUUUGAGUAAUUUCAUGUGUGGUAUGUUAAGUACAUUUUACACUGGGUAAAUUGUUUUCUGUUUUUACUUUUGACGAUAGUGUGGCAGUGAUAUUGUCGAUAUGGUAUAGCUAUCUAGUAUAUCGGUGGAAAAUUCUGCUUAAUAUUUGUAGCCAAAAAAAAUUCGCUAUUUAUUUUCAUGCAAACUAUUCUCUACUAUGCCCAUUUGUUUGACUUUUGUAGCUUAUCUAUUUUGCUUGACUGUAUUAUUUUAUUAGUACCGUAAUUUCUUUUCAUUUACAGAUACGUAAAAAAAUUAAAAACAUUAUUUUGAUCCUCA